GGGAAGAGAAGAAGCAGGUCAAUAAGAGAAUGUGUGGUGGCCGCCCCCGAUAAGAUAUUGGAAUCAGCCAGCAGAUAGUGACAGCUGACCUCUACUACUCACACAGGGGAGGCACAGCGCCACAGGAGAGAUACGUAUGCGGUGUUGAGUACUUGGUGUGAGGAGUGGACAUAUUCCCGGUGUUGCAUAGAGUUAAACCUUGGCUCAGCACAGCAGCCAGCAGCCGUCCCCUGCGCUGGAUGGUCCCGCCGCGCCACCCCGAGGCGUCCCCCGGGCCAGACGAGGCGUUCCUCCCCAGUAGGUGGUAGCGGGCGGCGUCCCUGCAGCAGCACAGCACACAGCAGCAGGGUCAGGGGUCGUUGUACCCCGGCCAGCAGAGAGCAGUGGGGUGGUGAGGAUGACCCCGCCCGACCUGGCUCCGCGCCCCUCACAGCCGCGGGCGGGAUGGGCGGCUGUGUAGGCGCCCCCAGGGAAACCACCCCCAGCACCGCCUCUCCUGGGGGGGGCGCCGCACCCCUGACAGGUGGGCGUCCUGGGGCGGGGAGGGGGGUGAGGAGCUCUGCAGCACCGCCUUCGGGCAAAAAUGUCCCGCUUAGACAUGAAAGGAUCCGGUGGAAGUCAGACAUGCCCCUCACGGAGACCCAAGUGCGCAGCAAGCGGGAGGAGUUCUGGGACACGGCGCCGGCGUUUGAGGGUCGGCGGGAGAUCUGGGAUGCCCUGAAGGCCGCCGCGCUGGCCAUUGAGACCCAUGACUACAACCUAGCGCAGGCCAUCAUUGACGGGGCCAACAUUACGCUUCCCAACGGUGCCUUGACAGACUGCUACGAUGAGCUGGGCACUCGCUACCAGCUGCCUGUGUACUGCCUCUCCUUCCCGCUCAACAUUCUCCCACGGUCUCCAGACAAGGAGGGACAUCCUGAGGCAGAAGGCAGCAUGGAGGGUGAGGCGCUGGUGUUAAGAGUCCGUCUCUCCACUACAAGUGUGGACACUCGCCUCACUGUGCGUUCCACCGACACUAUCGCCACCGCCAAGAAAAAAGCUUGAUCUCCAGGAAGCACUAGAGGGAAGGAGGCAGCGGUGGUUCUACUGUGGGAAGCUGCUGGGUGACCGAUUGCUGAUAUGUGAGUGUAACAUCCACCCGAGCUUCAUCAUUCAGGCCAUCAUAUCCGAGGAGGCUCUCACCGCUGUGGGAAGCUGAGGGGAUGGAUGCAGGGUGACGGAUGAUGGCUGAAUGUGUGUGUGUGUGUGUGUGUGUGUGUGUGUGUGUGUGUGUGUGUGUGUGUGUGUGUGUGUGUGUGUGAGGAAGGAAAGAGAAUAAUUUUGCAUUUGGUUUGUGAUUGGAGAAUUAUUUGUAGAGAGAGAGAGAGAGAGAGAGAGAUAGGGUGAAAAUUUAUGGAUGGAAUGUAUGGUGUGUGUGUGUGUGUGUGUGUGUGUGUGUUUUGUCUGUGUUUCCCUAACUAUAUAUGGUUCCUUUGGUAUGAUUAUUUUAUUUUAAUUUCUCUCUCUCUCUCUCUCUCUCUCUCUCUCUCUCUCUCUCUCUCUCUCUCUCUCUCUCUCUCUCUCUCUCUCUCUCUCUCUCUCUCUCUCUCUCUCUCUCUCUCUCUCUCUCUCUCUCUCUCUCUCUCUCUCUCUCUCUCUCUCUCUCUCUCUCUCUCUCUCUCUCUCUCUCUCUCUCUCAUAAGGGAACACUGUUGAUAUUAACAUACAAAGAUAUUUUUAUUCCUUAUUAGUCAGUUCAUUGCCUUGUUUGCUGCCUGUUUGUGUCUUUUUGUGCUUUAGUAUUGUUUGCAGAUUGUUUGUGUAUGUGCUGUCCUUGUCUUUGUGUUUGUUGGUGAUGUGUUGUUUGUUGGGGUAGUCUGUAGAAAAGGACAUGGGAUUUGAACCUGUUUUCAUGAAGUUACUACUACUAUUACUACUACUACUACUACUACUAUUAUUAUUAUUAUUAUAUUACUACCUCUCAAUAGAGGUAGGUAGGCUUAUUAUUGGUGGGUUUGAUAUUAAUGUUACUACUGACGAUGGUAUACGUACUUAUUAUUAUUAUUAUUAUUAUUAUUAUUAUUAUUAUUAUUAUUAUUAUUAUUAUUAUGACUACUAUUAUUGUUGUUGAUGAUGAUAGUAUAGCUUCAUUUUUUUUUUUUUCAUUGAUUUUGUGGUAAGUGAAAAGACAAUUGAUUAGUAUGUGUGUGUGUGUGUGUGUGUGUGUGUGUGUGUGUGUGUGUGUGUGUGUGUGUGUGUUGGUAUGUAUGUGUGUGUGCGCAUGUGAUGCACUGUGCACACACCAAGCUCAUGCUCCUGUGCUCAAAGAGAUUCAAUUCCUUGCUAUGCUGUCACUCACCACCACCACCACCACCACCACCACCACCACCACAACCCUCACCACACUUCUCGUACCCUUCUGGUGUGGCAGUGGUGACUGUGGCAGUGCAUUAGUUCCUGUUUCUUCCUCUGGCAUUUACUGACAGGAGGCAUUUAUAUUUAUUUGUACUUAAGGUAGUGUUUCUCCUAAGCGAGCAUCAUGUGUGAGAAUGGGAGCAAGGUGGAGUCACUUUUCUACUAGAGCGAGUCAUUAGUACCUAGCACAAGGGGGUAUUUAUAUAUUUUAGUCAUGUUUUCUCCCCCUUACACUUACUGUAACCACAAUAUAAGAGAAUGGGGGAAAGGAAAGUAGGAUUAUUAGAUAAACUAGAAGACAGUUUGUUAUUCUUGGUCAGCACAAAGGUGACAUGGGCAUUUAUAUACUUGCUUAUGUUUUUAUUCCCCCCUUCACUGUUCAGUCAUACAAGAGAAAGGGAGGAAAUGUAGAACUACUGUAUCAUGUAAUAGAGGAAGGUUUGUCACUCACUCCACUUAGUCCUUUAGAGAGAUUGUCACACAGAACACAACAUUAUCACUACCACUACCCUCACUCACCAGCACAAUCACCACCACUGUAAUAGCAAAGAUAAAACUGUGGCACAAUUUCACAUACAAGAGAGAGAGAGAGAGCAAGAGAGAGUAUUUGUGGUUAAGACAAUCUAGUACAUGUAUUGAAGAAAGUACAUAUAGUUGUGAGGAGCCAGCCUGCAAACAGGUGGUUAUAGAGUGGAGUGGAGGUAAGAAGAAUAGGAAAGUGACAAGUGUAGGGAAGGCUGGCACAAGAGAUUGUGUGUGUGUGUGUGUGUGUGUGUGUGUGUGUGUGUGUGUGUGUGUGUGUGUGUGUGUGUGUGUGUGGUAGUAUUUAUUCACAAUAUGUUAACCCAAAAGGGUUCUAUGAUUGUGAUAUUUGUGUGUGCAUUGUAGUCAACACUUGUUCCAUCAGAGGCAUUGUACUUAGAAAACUGUGUGGUGACAGCAUGUGCAGGACAUAUCAGCCACACAUGGUAGAUUGCAUUUGUUGUGUUAGUUUGCAGUCUUAAAUUCCUUUCCUGUUAUAAAGCAGCUGAAAAGUUGAUGGAUGUUGGGAACACCAAGGGAGUGAUUUGGGAGGUUAUUACUGUUUAGUUCAGUUCACAGGUAGUGUCUGAGUGUUAGCAUUCUGCAUUCUGUUCAUUUAACUACUAGUGGAUAUGGAGUAGUGUGGCUGUCUUAUCUCAUCACACAUUCCUCUGUUUUGGAUGGUAAAGAUAAGUAGACUUUGAUGGCAAUAAAAUGCAAGAUGAAGAUGAAACACUUUAUAUCUGCAACAUUUUGAGUACCUCCCUUGUCUGAGAAGGUAGUUGAAUGUUAAGGAAAUAAAGUGCUUCUGCUGUUUCAUCACAUGUUUCAUCACCAGAUUCUACUCGAUUGUUUUAAUUUCCAUUGUAUCUGCUGAGAAGUCAUGGGCAUGGAAAGCAAAUGUGCCUUUAGAAAGUAAACUUUGAAGACCAUUUUUAACUUCAUUUUGUCUGGAUUAGAACAGCACCAUCAGGAGCUUAUACUCUGUUACUUAUGUGUCCUCUUAUGUCUGGUUUGAGGAAGUGUGAGAAACCAGGGUACAAUUUGGGGGGAAUCUAUCAUAUAGUUUGUAAUCUUAUAGGCAUCAUGUGUGCAGUGGGGGAUGUAGGAUGAAGGUGGCCAAGGCAUAUGUGAACACACUAACUUAGGCCAUAGUCGGUCACCAGAACACAGUCGUAUGUACUAGUUUUGCACUGAAGUAAAUAAUGGAAAACUGUCUUUUUUCCUUUGUGGCUCAUCUUGUACGGAUCCCUGAUGCUUUUGUGGUCAGGGGAGUGUUGUAUGCUGUGGCAGUGUGUGUGUGUGUGUGUGUGUGUGUGUGUGUGUGUGUGUGUGUGUGUGUGUGUGUGUGUGUGUGUGUGUGUGUGUGUGUGUGUGUGUGUGUGUGUGUGUGUAACCUAGUAACAUUAUGACAAUACAAGUAACUCAUCCAUACCUCUUAGUUUACACACCAUAAAGAGAGAGAGAGAGAGAGAGAGAGAGAGAGAGAGAGAGAGAGAGAGAGAUUUGAUAAUAUAAUAAUCACUUAUAUAAAAGAUACUAGUUUUUUCCUUGUACGUUUGUUGAACUUGAAAAAAAAAAAAAAAAAAACUCCACCAUACAUAUUAGACAGAUUUAUUUUGAAUGCCCCUGAUGCAUACCUUGUAACAUUCCCUGUCCCUCCCCCAAACACCAGCACCACACCAGGAAUGCAUUGCUGCCUACCACUGUAUCUCUUGAGUGUCUUGCUUUUCCAGUCAGACUCCUGUGUAUGUACUUAAACUUAAAUGCAACUAUGGUAUUAAUCUUUAAUCCUCACAUUCCUCUGUUGCAGUUUUCCAUGUGAUCAGAAAUCCCUUGUACCAGAUUCUCCUUGUUAUUCAGAUUUGUGGAGCUUUUAACAGAUUGAAGUUGAUUCUAUAGAUUGUGUGUUUGCCUGAGUUGCUGUUUUUUUUGUACAUUGAAAGCCAGUGACACUGUUUUGUAGCAUCAUCCUUGUUCACGGUUCAGGAGAUGUGAUUCUUCAGUGUUCCUUCCCCUGAUUUGCUCUUGUCUAUGUGAAGACUUGUUUCCAGCAUAGUAAAUAAGCUCUUGAGAUCCUUCUGUUUCAUGAUGGAGGGGUUUAGAAAGCAAGUGGGGAAUGUACGUAUAUUUUUGGUGUUCCUGUCUUUCAGUUAUAGUUUUGGUGAAGAUGCCUUUCCAUCCUGUAGAGAAAGAAGCACAUCAGAUCCAUGACUGUCCUCAGGGUAACACUCCUUGCGUUGGCUGUUGCUUCAUGUGUAUCUUGUCUGCAGUGUUAAUGAUAAUGGAUUACACUUGAAUGUUGUGAGUUGUAACAGAGAAAGUCUAAAUUGAAGAAUAAUGAAUGGUUAAUUAAAUUGGAUUACACUUGAAUGUUCUUGUGACAGAAAAAAUCUAAAGUGAAAAAAACUCAUGAGUAUUGGAUUAAACCUGAAUGUUGUGACAAAAAGAAUUUAACUUGAAAAAUAAAUAAUGUCAAUAAAUUUCACUUUCUAAAUAGAAAUCUUGACUCUACAAAUAUGUUGGAUGUGGUUGUAGUGUGUGCAAAGAAUAAGACAAAAGUAUCUGUAGAUAUUAUGAAGAUAGGACAUUCAUUAACUUGACUCACAUCCUGUGUACCACAACUUUCAUCAUGUGGAGACCAUUAUGAGAAUAUGCCUAAAUUCUUGAUAAAAAUUUACUUGGCUGUUGAAUGUAUACACUAAAAAGAAAUGUUUGUCUGGGUUGCAUGAGGAGAAUGAUGCAGAUAUUCAUAAGGAGGAUAGGGAGGUUCACUAAUGGAAGAAACACAUAGAGGCUUGUAACAUUGUGCAAGGGUCCACACAUUUACUCUUUUACAGUGUUGUGACAGAAAGUAUAUGUCCCAGCCUGCACUUGUGAUCUCAUACUUUUUGAGUAAGGGAAUAGCAAUUGUUGAGAGGAGGAUGUUAUACAAUACUAAAUGUUCAGCUUAAAAAUGUACAACGAAGAAAACGAUUGUGUUGUUAUACAAAAGGAAGGUCUUAAUGAGAAAGAAUUACUGAAGGAAAUCAUUUAUGUACAUACUGGUAUUUAUACACCUACAAUAUUUGUAUUUGCAUUUUUACCUAAAUGUUUUGACAAAGUUUCUGUCUAGAUUGUAAUCAUGCCAUCACAUGGAGACAAAAGGAAAUGGGCAUUCAUUGUUAAGGAAAAUUAAUGGAAUCUUUAUAGGUAUUUCAGGAAGAAUAUGAUUUAACUUGUGUAAGUGGAAAGAGCAUUUGAUGGAGAUUGACUUUUUGAAUGAUAUUGAAGCUUAUAGCUUAUCUAUAUUGGAGGCUUUUACUUGAUGUAUGACCAAAAAUUACUACUGGUUCAACAGGUACUUCAGGAAGAACAUGGUUUACUUUAUGUAUAAGUGGAAAGACAUUUAAAAUGAUAUUGAGGCUUGUAACUCAUUCAAAGAUGCUUUUACUUAUCUAUAUUGGAGACUUCUACCUGCCGUCUGACCAAAAAUGUUCAGGAACACCAAGUUUCUCUUGUAGAAAGUUUUAUUCUUUAGUCAGCUUUAUGUCAUCCAACCAGGAUGUGUUAUGUUUUAAGAUAGGUUCUUUUAUAGCUACAUAUUUUAAUAUUUUCAGGGAUUUAUUUCAAGUAAAAGGAAGUUUUUUCAAUCUAUCAGCUAAUAAAGAUACCUAAAAACUUGACAGAUAGUUAUGUAUGGUAACUUUAUAUUUUCCCAGCCUCAGACUGACUUGGGGAAGUGCUAAUGUUCAGUGCAGACACAGGAUCACUGCAUCUCCUUGCAUCACUGUCUCACCUCACCACACUGUGACUGGGAAUAACUAAGCAGUCUCUUAGUGAAAUAUGAGUUACUUGACUUACUGUUUUGAACACUCCACAUCUGUUGUGGAUUAGCAUUUAUUUAUCCAUUUACCUUUAUAUCUGUGGGCAGGAACUCUCAAGGAGACAGGCUAUGUAUGGGAAAAGUGACUCAAAGACUUGUUCUUAAACAGAGGCAAAACAUAAGGUGUUUAGGGAAGAAGGCAGCAGCAGAAUUAAGUGUCUGCACACCAUCUUAAAAGAAACCUGUGAGCAAAAUGAGACAUUUUCACUGGUACCCACUCAAAGCUGAAUAAAUGAAUACUGGGACUACUUCAGAGAGGAAAAGAAACUGUGCAUACUGCCAACAAAUUAUGAGAUUAAAGGAUUCCAAGAGUUAGGCAUCUAACACUAUAGCUCCAGAAAUGCUAAUGCCUUUGUGUGUCUCACGACUGAAAUGUGAACUUACAAUACUUGUAACUGGCCGUGAGUGGAACACUAGCAUUUAGCUGUCCAGCCCCCAGGAAAAUCCAUAAAACCUUGAAGCAAGCAUCAGGUGGUGUGCUGUUCUUAUUGUUGUGUGUGUAAGGAAUCAAUGAAGGACUGUACAGGAAAACAAAACUACUAGUGAAGUCUGACUGCAUACUGGCAGCAAACUACAACCUUUAUGACUUACUUUACAACAGGACUAAGACCACACAUGAACCCUAACUGCCUACUGGAAGCAAGUUACAACCUUAAGGACUUGACAGGAAGACAAAGACUACAUGAGAAGUCUGACUGUGUAUACUGUAUUACAGUAAACCUAAGGACUUAGAAGGGAAAGAUUCCAGUGACUUAAAAUAGUUUCACCCUUCCUGUCCAUCUCUUCCUUUGUCUCACUGAUCCUUCAUGCUUUCUCCUUUUCUCCCAUUCUUCCAUUCUUCAUUCUUCCUUCCAUGUCACAAGAUUAUAAGCCCAAUAGAAGGGUGUUGAAACUUGAAAAAUUUCAUCAAUUUUUCUGUCUGUUUCAACUUACAUUCUUCUCUCUUCAUUCUUCUCUUUCCUUUUCCAACAGCUUCACCAUAACCUCCCACUCCUAAGAUAUUCCUUCUCUUGUCUUUCUACUAACUUCCUUCCCUUUUCUUCCCUUUCUUUUCUCAUCCCUAAGGUCCUUUAUUUCUCUUCACCACCUCCCAUGCACUCUGCAUGAUCUGCUGCCUCAUUACCAAGAGAAGGAACACUGGACUCACACACACUUGUAGAUGCACAGAGUGACUUAACAUUUCACCAGACCUGUUGCCACCACUCAGCAGGAUGAGGGGGGAACAGCCUGUACAAGGGGAAGGUGACCUGCUGCACCUUCCCCUACCCAUCCACCGGCCUGCAGCAUGCAAGGUUAGGUUAGGACUGUAUAUACCAUAGUUUAUACAUCUAUCCAUAUUAUAUUACGAGACAUGCGUGUGUAUGUGUGUGUGUGUACGUAUGUAGGUGUGGUGAGUGUUUUGGUAUACUACAUAAUAUACACAUUGUAAUGCAUUUUUUUUUAUUUGUUUUCUGUGUGUGUGUGUGUGUGUGUGUGUGUGAGUGUGUGUUAAGUUACCAGUGUUUAGCAGGGAACCUGUUAUUAUGUCUCUCCUAUCAUGAAGUUAAUGAGUAGCUUUUGUAUGAAUCCCUCAAGCCCAAAUGAUGAUGAUGAUGAUGAUGAUGAGCAGACCUUUUCUGUGAUUAACAAAUAAAGUCAGUACCACUU